CACUUGUACGCUGCACAUGUGUAUAGUACAAUUGGUGGUACCACCUAAAGUAUUGUGUUGAAAACAUAAGAAAAAACAAUACGUGCAAUGUUAUCCGUAGAGAAUGCACGCACGAUGUAAUUGGAGGUAUAAAAAGACCAGGGAAUGACUGCCCAACAGAAGAUUGCGUCACUUUCUCAUUCUUGUUCAACAAAACGUUCGGCAACUCACGGCACCAUGAAGCAAACAGCCUUCGUCCUUUUUCUGUUUAUCUCCGGGAACGUGUUGGGUUCCUCUUAUAAGCUUCCAGGGAAAGACGAGACGUUGGAUGUCACUGUCAACAAACAACCAGAGCGCUUUGAUGUUGAAACUCUUCCAGUCGGCGAGGCACUGCGCACCAUAACGCAUGGUCUUCGCGGAGGUGCAAAUAGUUUGGAAAGAGCGGAGGACGAGGCUGAAUGGUAUUUCUUCGAUAAGAUAGUCAAGGCCAUUAAAGCAGUUGGCGCGGGCGUCGACAACGCAUUUGAAGCAGUUAAAAACAAAAUCAUUACAGGGGUGUAUUUGGCAAAGGUGGCACUCGGGACAGCUUAACGGGUCAAGCCUUGCAGCUACCAGGAAGCGCCCAGCACAUUGGUUGCGGACAUACACCUGAGCCUCACUGCUACGAAUCUCAGCUCAUAUGCGCCUGAAGACGGCAAGACGUACCAGAAACUCUCUCAGCAUGCUGCUGAUGACUUUAGUGUUAAGUGACUGAGCCUGUGGGAAGAAAGUGGGAAGAAGUGUGCUCUUGCCAUGCCCGGACAAAUUAGACAAAAUAGAAGACAAAUUUGUUCAGUUCAUCGUUGAGGCCUCCUAAGUCCUAUGCUGCGACGUAACAUUGUUGAUCUCUUCAUUAGUCUUAUUAGCAAACAUAGAGUUUCAUGCAAUAAUACCUCGAGAGAGAUCUGGCACUAACGUUUACGUUGGUUCCUUGAACGGCACUUGAGUUCCCGUGGGAAUGAUGGAAAAUAUUGGAUUUGGUUUUGCAUCAGAAAGAUUUUCUUUUUGAAAUAUUUGAAGCUUUUUAACUGAGCUUCAAAGAAACAAGUAUGAAGGUGUUUUUUUUUUCAGUUAAAAUUUCCAUAAAUCUUCCGUAUGAAGUAUAUUGCAGAACGUUCCCGUCACCGUGCGGUUCAAGUAAAGCCUGAGCAUUUUAAGCCGUCACAGUAUACAUUUUGGCUAUUGGUUUGAAGAUUUUGCAUGACGAAACAAUCAAUAUUUUUUUAACUUUUCAAAGCACUAUAAACAGGUUUGUUUUUUUCGUCAAAAGUAAGCAUCACCAGCUUAUAGAGUUAGAAGAAUGUACUGAGUAGGAGAAAGAACAAACUUUAUGCGGCAAAAA